AUGUACAUGUAGGACGCCAGACAUGGACGCAAUAAGCAUAAGGAAAGCGACGCUAGAAGAUUGCGACACAGUCUACAGUUUAAUGGAGGAAAUGCGAGAAUAUGAGGGACGCCAGGACGUGUUUAUUCUAACUCUUGAAGAGUUCAAACGUGACGGAUUUGGAGAGAAAACGUCUUUCGAAGCCUGUGUGGUGGAGCAUAAAGACAAUAAGGAGAUUAUCGGAUUUGCCACAUACUUUUUCGGGUUCAGCGGAGACUGUGGGAAAGUUCUUUACCUAGAAGACGUUUAUUUUAAAGCAGCCUAUAGAUCUAAAGGUUAUGGAACGGCACUUUUUAAAUCCAUAGCAAAGAUAACGAUGGAGAGCGGGGCUCGGCGAAUGGAAUGGUGUGUUUUGAACGACCCGUCAUGGAACGCCAAGACGAUAGAGUUUUAUAAGAAGUUCAAUAGUAUCGACGAGGGCUUAAAACUAUUAUAUCUUGAGGGCGAAGUUUUAAAGAAAUGUGCAGAAUUUUGAUGUAUUUAUACGGGCUUUUGCAUUGUACAUGUACGUUAGUGUACAAUCAAUGGAGUGUACAAUUAAUUAAAAUGUGUUCCAUGCUCACAGUCAA